GAGGAGACCUUUUAAGAUCGUCUUCAUCCAUCCUUCAGUCCUUUCCUCACUUUAAGCGGACCGCCUCCUCAUCCUUCUUCAUCCUCAGCUUCUCCUCUCAAGUAUCCUGAUCCGUCUUCUUUCCAAAGGGCGAGCCAGCAGUAAACAGGGAAGAAAGAGAUGCAGUGCAACUUCUCAGUGGGACAUUUUUCAUCACCUUACUGGACCAGAACAGUGUUGUUCCCCGACUGGGCCUACAAGCCAUCCUGGUCUCCAGGUUCCAGGCAGGUCCAGCUGUGGCACUUCCUGCUGGAGCUGCUGGGCCGCGGCGAGGGCGGGGCCAUCGGCUGGGGAGGUGAGUGGGGCGAGUUUGUCAUCCGUGACCCCGAGAGGCUGGCCAGGCUGUGGGGGGAGAGGAAGGGUAAGCCCCACAUGAACUACGACAAGCUAAGCCGGGCACUCAGAUAUUACUACAACAAGCGUAUUCUGCACAAGACCAAAGGCAAAAGAUUCACGUACAAGUUCAACUUGAGCAAACUCAUCCUGGUCAACUACGCGGCUCACCUGCCUCCAUCUUGUCAUCAGCUGCUUCAGAGCCGCCAUCUUCCCUUCAAUCUCCUCUCUAAUGAGGGUGGUCUUCCUCUGUGUGGGACCCCUGGAUCAGCCAUGGACACAGUGGUCCAGCCCCGGCCUCAUCCCCUUUUGCUCCCAUGCUGCCUCCCUAAUGCCAUCCCAUCUAUGCAGCUUCUCCACAGUCCCUCGCCCUUCAUCUCAGGAGGAGCCAGCCUCCCUGGCUUACACCCUAUCACCUCCUCUGCCCUCCACGCCAACGAGUGGCUCGGCAAAGGUCAUGUGGUGAACUGAGACUUGGACGCUGUUUGCCGGAAGGCAGCAAUUGAGAGAAGGGAGGGCUGUGAUGGACAGAUGGGGAGGAGGGGGGAUGUUACUGCAACAGAUGGGAUGUGAAAAACACUUUUAUUUUUGUAGAUUGUUGAAAUAGUUUCGAGUUUUGUGAUUCAAUUUAGUGAGACAGAUGUUUUGUUUUAUUUAUGUAUGACUUUGUCU